ACGAUGAAGUAAUUGACAGUUCGGGGACAGAGUUUUCAAAAUCCAACAAAAGCCAUGGCUUCCAAUUUCUGGACUUCGUCUCACUACAAACAGCUUUCGGACCAGGAAGAAGUGGAUGUUGUGCACCCACUUGAUAAAGAGAAGGGCAUCACUCUUGAAGACUUCAAGCUCAUCAAGAUGCAUAUGGCCAAUUAUAUAUCUAAAGUGGCACAACAUGUGAAAGUGAGACAAAGGGUUGUAGCUACUGCAGUUACCUAUAUGAGGCGUGUGUAUACCAGUAAGGCUAUGUCUGAGUAUGAUCCACGCCUUGUUGCUCCAACCUGCUUGUACCUGGCAUCAAAAGCAGAAGAAAGCACAGUUCAGGCUAAACUCCUUGUAUUUUACAUCAGGAAAUUAUAUUCUGAUGAAAAGUAUAGGUAUGACAUCAAUGACAUACUUCAAAUGGAGAUGAAGAUUUUAGAAGCUCUCAACUAUUAUCUAGUUAUAUACCAUCCCUACCGUUCCUUGUCUCAGUUGCUUCAGGAUGCAGGCUUGAAUGAAAUAAAUAUGACACAAGUAACCUGGGGAAUUGUGAAUGACACUUACAAGAUGGACCUUGCACUUGUACAUCCUCCACACCUUAUUGCUCUAGCUUGCAUAUACAUUGCUAGCGUACUCAGAGACAGAGACACCACUGCAUGGUUUGAGGAGCUCCGUGUGGAUAUGAAUGUGGUGAAAAACAUAUCGAUGGAGAUAUUAGAUUUCUAUGAAAACCACAGAAUGAUCCCAGAAGAGAGGUUUAAUGCUGCUCUGAACAAGCUACCCUCCAGAGUAUAGAUGGCUGGACAGCAUUGUCCUUGUACUACUGUAAAAGCUACUCAAAGAACCACUACAAAUCAAUGAAUGGGUUACAAUGGUCAUUGGGCAUGUUCUACUGUGAGUCUGUGACUCAACUUAUGUUUUCUAGUCACCCUUGUAUUAUUCCAGAAUCUGAACAUAUCUCUGAUUUCUCACUUGAUAAACAUUUUCAGAUCGCAAUGUUUUUUUUUAAUUUGAUUGUUCAAAACUCGCCCUUCUUUGCGCAUCACUUUCAAAUUACAGAUAAACGUUACAUAAUC